AUGAACAUUACUGCUGAUCCGGUAGUUAUUGAUCCACACGGUAGUAAGUCGAUCCUCACAGUGGUUUCCGUACACAUCGCACGACGUCUCGGGACGAAUGCUGAUAACAAAAUCAGUGUCUUCGUACACUCGCUUGAAACCGUUGCCGAUCUGCGGAUCGUAUACACUCAAGUCAUCGAUUGUCAGCGUGAACGAGACGUCCAUGGACUCUCCAGGCUGCAGCUCGAUUUUGUUGAACUUUUUCAAUUGUUUCACUUCAGCUUCACGUCUUCAAAACCGGCUCCAGAUCAUGCAAAGCCAAAAGCUCGGAAGACUGGUGAUGACAAUCCACACAACUUUGAUGGAUUACGGAAUCAACAAUUGGAGAAUGCCAUCCAUAAAUUAUUGUUUCGUUAUUCAAUCGAGGAGGUAAAUUCUGAACUUUCUCGAGUUGCAAAAGGGUUUUCUUCCAAAAACUCUCAUCAAUCUCCCAACGAAUACUCUCAUACAUCCGCAAAAUUUCAGCCAGACCACGCCCAUGGUUCUUAUCCAUUCCGUCACGAGAAUUCGCCAUCAACUGCUGACCAAGAUCCGUCAGAGUAUGACCUCGACUCUCUUUUCGAUGAGCUGCUAGGCAAUUUAGCUGGACAACUUUUCAACAAGCAACCAAGACCAACUAAUCAGGAUAAUUCACAUAUAUUACCCGUCAAAACUUCGCCAGGCUUCGAGAAAAUUGGCCCUGAUCUGAUUCGCCAAUUUUUAAGAGCAAAACGCUUUACAAUCAACAAGCCUCUAUCUCCUUCUUAUACAAGAUUUCCAGCAGCUGACGGUGUUAAUGUGAACCCUUCUCCGUCAAUCGGCAUUCACAACAACCUCUUACAAAAUCGAGAUUCCCAAGUGAUUCAUUUGCCCUACGCUCCAGAAUCUCAUUCUACUACUCACAUUGGUGAAUCUGCACCUAGUGAUCCGGCCAUCUAUGCAACUGAUCGCGCCAAAAGAACGGUAGAUGAGGAUCUGGAAACCCAUCCGUCUGCUCGUAUUGAAGAAAACACUGAGAAUGCUGAAGUGACACCUUCGACUGAUCACUUCGAAGAAUCCAACCCGGAGGAUGCUGUCAUGACUCCUGUCACUGAUCGCGCUCAAAAACUCAAAAGUGACGAUCUGGUGCUCAACCCACCUGUUCGUGUGAAAACUGAGGAUGCUGAAAUGACAACUUCGACUGGUCGCUUCGAAGAAACCAACCCGGAGGAUGCUGUCAUGACUCCUGGCACUGAUCACGCUCAAAAACUCAAAAGUGGCGAUUCGGUACCCAAUCCUCCUGCUCACGUCAAAACAACCAAAACUGAGAAUACUGAAGUGACUUCCUCGGCAAACACGCGAGAAUCCCCUCCGACCCGUAUACGUGUACGCGCUUAA